AUGAGGUGGUCUGAUCUGUUUGUUUUGGGGGCGCUGACGGUUCCUUCGCUUGCGCAACCGAACGAGCAAACCGCUUUUUCUACGAAGAAUGACAUGACACCCUUUUGCAAGAUAGAUAAGGACGAGAAGUUGGGGCCCAACUGUGAUGCCAGCAUUACUGCGAUUAACAACAUCAACAGGAAGAUAAGAAGCGACCUAGUUGGCCUAGUACAGACCGAUUUCUUCAAGUACUUUAAAUUUGACCCACUGAAGAAGUGCGCCAUUUGGGAGAACAACGAUGGUUUGUGCUUCAGCAGAAGCUGUGCCAUCGACGUUGUAGAGGAUUGGGACAGUCUCCCAGCUUAUUGGCAGCCAGAGGUGUUGGGUGGGUUGAGCAACGACACAAACUCGGACACAGAAAGUUUGGGCCAUGACAACGACGUUUCUUUCCUGAAUCAGUUGUGUGAAAAGCAUGAGCCCCUAUUGCCCGCUGACUUUGAUGAGGAGGACAUCAAUUACUACGAUGUAACGGACUUCACAAGCGACACGGCUGUGCUUGUCGAUUUGACCGCUAACCCAGAACGGUUUACUGGCUACGGUGGCCAACAAGCGGGUCAAAUAUGGCAAAGUAUCUACGCGGAGAAUUGUUUCCCAGCGGAUGAUGGUCAAGAACAGUGUUUGGCGAAGGACGGAUUUUAUAGAAUGAUGUCGGGGUUGCAUGCAUCUAUUGGUACACACUUAUCAAAUGACCAUUUGAACACAGAGACUGGUAAAUGGGGCCCUGAUUUGGACUUGUUCAUGGCCAGGGUUGGGAAUUUCCCAGACAGAGUGUCAAACAUAUAUUUCAACUAUGCGGUUGUCGCAAAGGCUCUAUGGAAAGUCAAACCGUACUUGAAACACUUGGAUUUCUGUACCGACUACGAUAACGACGUCAAGUCGAAGAUUCUAAACAUUGUCUCUCAAUUGGACAGCAAGAUCUUUGACGAAAACUUGAUGUUCGAGAAUCAAGUGGAUUCAGUCUUGAAGGAUGAAUUCAGAAAGAGAUUUAAAAACGUGACAAGAAUCAUGGAUUGUGUUCAUUGCGAUCGAUGCAAAAUGUGGGGGAAAGUCCAGACAACAGGUUAUGCAACAAGUUUAAAGAUCCUGUUCGAAUUGGAUGAGUCGGAUGAACUGUCAAUGCAACGUGUCGUUGAUAAGUUAACUAAAUUCGAACUGAUUGCACUGAUUAAUACUUUUGGUAGAUUGUCAAACUCUAUUGAAGCUAUCAACAAUUUUGAGAAAUUGUACAACAAAAGAAUGGACAAUAACUCCGGUGUGGCAUCUUUUUUACAGAACAACUUCUUUAAGUUACUGUCCAAAGCCACCGACAGCAUUCGUGACAAGAUCAACGGGUCUAUCAAUGGUAGUGGAACUCUGGGCAAAAAGGACGAAGAGAAACAGAAAGCCCCCAAACAGCCAGCGUCUCCCAAAUUUGUUGAUUUAAAGAUGCCCCAAAGGAAGAUAGAGGAAAAGGACAAGGGUACCACCGGUGUUUCCUCUAACAGGUGGAAGAGAGCUUGGGAGACAGAGUGGCACAACUAUAAAGAGGCCGUUCGUUUCGUUUGGAGAAGCUACGUCGAUUUGCCAAGAAAUCUUUGGAACCUGAUUUUAGUCAACGCGAACAGACUGUGGAACUCGUUCAUCGGCGUCACUGGAUACCUGAGUGAGGAGGAGGAAGACCCGUCAGUUUAUAAAUUAGACUUUCAAUGA